UCGCCCUUUCCGGCCCCCAUCAACCUUCCCUUCCCCAUAACGUCAUUGGGUGGCCGUUUUGGGUGGUUUCCCUCGCAGGCCCGUGUAUUCAGUUAUUUGGCCCCGUCGCAUAUACCGCAGACAACCAAAGCGUCUCGUGCAUAUCUGGCCUCAGCGUUCUUUGUUCCUUCCUGCACAAAACGCGGGCUCUCAACGGCAGCCGUCAACUGUGAUCGUUCGGGUCGAACAUUUGCACAAUAAGGUAACCAAUUUGUGUCACCAAAGUGGCGUUCUACUCAUCUGUGUGCGUAACGAACAAAAAAAAUGGGAACCCAACAAUUUUGUUUAAAAUGGAACAAUCACCAAACAAAUAUGUUGACUGUUUUUGACCAGUUGCUGUCAAGUGAAGCCCUGGUAGAUGUGACUUUAGCAUGUGAAGGUCUUAGUUUAAAGGCCCACAAAAUGGUACUUUCUGCAUGUAGUCCUUUCUUUCAGAGUCUAUUUUUGGAAAACCCUUGCAAGCAUCCAAUUGUUAUUAUGAAAGACAUGAAAUAUACAGACUUAAAAGCCAUAGUGGACUUCAUGUAUCGUGGUGAAGUCAAUGUGUCACAAGAUCAGUUAUCAGCACUUCUUAAAACAGCUGAGACGCUAAAAGUCAAAGGUCUAGCAGAGGUUACAGGUGAUAAUAGGCAUGGUGGACCAGGAGGACUUGUACAACAAGAAAUUAUUCAACAACAUUUAGUAAAUACGCCUCAAUCUCUUCCUGCUUCUGGAGCACAAACACAACAUAGGGCAGAAUCGCCUCCAUUAAGUAGGAGAAAAAGGGGUAGGCCAAGGAGAAGAUCUUUAAGUGGUUCAAAUCGUAGUGAUAGUGAAGACCAGGUGCCAUCUAAAAUCAAAGAACCAGACUCUCCUGAAGUCAUUGAGGAGGUGACGUCCGAAGUUGAAUCAACCAAUGAUGCACGUCAAAGACUUGCACCAUCCGGCCAUCCACAAUCUCAGGUUUCCUCCCUUCAUUCUGUACAUCAUGGAGUUCCUCCCUUGAAGUCACACGGAGCCCUUCCAUCUCAACAAGAUUCUCAUAUGAGUGUAGAAGAACCUUCUGGUGAUGAAGGGGAUUAUGAUGUUGAACCAUCAAAGUUAAUGGAACAGACCAUGACAACAGAAAAUGUGCCAGUAUUCACAGAUGGUCCUUCUCAAGGUCCAACAUUACCUCCAGCGUCCACUCAGUUAGCCAUUCCAACAACAGUUGGGUUAGCGGAUACCCAACCGCUACACACAGGCCCAGGCCCCUGUGAUAGCCAAGCUUUGGUACCAUGUUCCAUGCCUUCUGAACCUUCCACUUCAAGUUGUGUUUCUCAAGAUAAUAAUCAAGAUAUCAAGCCUGGUGCCUUGGUGUCAUUUGAAGAACCACCAAUAUCUCCUGUGGCUGGUCCAUCGCAUCAAGAUAGUAGUAAUUCUAUGAUGAUGUACAUGGAUACUUCAGGAGUGCCUGCAAUACCUGGUCCAAGUAGCUAUCAGUUAGAUAAACAGCCAUCACAACCACCUCAACAACAGCAACCACAAGGUGACCUUCCCGUCAAAUUCCCCAAGUCCAUCACUAUUACAACCAGUACCCCUGUUGAUAAACCGCAACAAUCUGUCAACUGGUGUGGAUGGGAGAAAUUUUCAUGCAUGUAUUGCUCGCAGUCUUUUUAUUGGAAGUGGGCAUUGCAGCGUCAUCUGCGUGAAUCGCACAACGUGGGACCAGCACAGAUGGGGGCAGAAUUGGAAAUAGCAGAAGCAUACAGAGUAUCUUCUGUGAAGAGAGGUCGUAAACCUGGUAGCCGAUUAUGCGCCAUAUGCAAGAAAGUAUUUUGCAACAGCUCCGAAUUGACAAGUCAUAUGGCUUCCCAUUGUCAAGCAGGAGAAGUUCCACCGCCCUCAUCGCCAGUUUCAAAACCAUCCGAAGAAUUGGAUGGCACAGAUUUAUUCGCUUCAUCUGGAGUUCCCGAAACAAAUAAUCAGUCUUUGGAUUUGAGUGCCAUUUCACCACCUCAUAAUUGUGCCGCUUGUAAUGUUGAAAUUACUAGCUUGGCAGAUUUUCAUUCUCAUUUAACUUCAAACCCCAUGUGUAGAGUGCGACAGUUUGAUUGUCAUCUUUGUCCUAAAUCUUUUAUCUGGCCAGUCACUUUAGCCAAACAUUUAAAGGAACAUACCAUCAGCGAACCUUCCACAACUCAAAAAAUUUGGUUUUUUUGUGAUAUAUGCAGAAAGGCAUUAUUAAGUCGCAAAGCAGUAUUAUUGCAUAAGAAGAAAUUCCAUCCUGAACAAUUUACUCAUCAAUAUGAACCAGCUAUGAUGGCCGAAGAAGAUUCAUCUGAAUUAGGUGUUUCAAGUCAGCCGUGUAUGAUUGGAUUGCCACCUAAACCCUACUACUGCGACGAUUGCGGCAAAACAUUCAUCUCCAUGCCAUCUUUAAGAGUACACCGUUAUUACGAACACAAGUGUCGAAAGAAGUACCCAUGUAUGGUUUGCGGGAAGGUCUUCAAACGUAAGCAUAAUCGCAGCUGUCAUUACCAUAUUCACGGAUUAAGAAAAGACCAACUUCCGCCUGAUUCCGAAACGUUAAGUUAAAAAUUUUCGCGGACUGGAGCGAUCUAAAGCCAAACCGUUCCGUUGUACAAUAUGUCUGAAGAAUUAUGUCAGUGCUUCUUGCCUACGAAGUCACAAGCAUUACCAGCAUACAAACGUCAAGAGGUUGCAAUGCCCGUACUGUCCGAGAGUAUUUAAGAGAAAUUUUGAUUUCAAGAACCACGUUUUUUAUGUUCAUGAGGCCAAAAUGGAAACAGUUUUCACUGGAAAUAUAUAAGAAAACUGAUCAUGGUUUGUAAAUGAUUUUAUUAAGAGAAAU